CCGCCCGGGAGCCGGGCCGUGGCGGGGCGCGCGGGGCUAUGCCGCCGGCCGGGCGGCUCUGGGGCGCCGCGGCGCUGUGGCUGCUGCUGGCGGCGCGGACGGCGGCGGCCUUCGAGCCCAUCAGCGUGGGCCUGGCCAUCGGGGUGGCGGCGUCGCUCACCGGCGUCCUGCUCAACCGCGACCUGUACUGCCGCUUCGCCGAGUGCUGCCAGGAGGAGCGGCCGCUCAACGCGUCGGCGCUCCGGCGGGACCUGGAGGAGAAGCUGUUCGGGCAGCACCUGGCCGCCGAGGUGAUCCUCAAGGCGCUGGCCGGCUUCAAGAGCAACAAGAACCCCAAGAAGCCCCUGACCCUGUCCCUGCACGGCUGGGCCGGCACGGGCAAGAACUACGUCAGCCAGAUCGUGGCCCAGAACCUCCACCCCAAGGGCCUCAAGAGCCGCUUCGUCCACCUGUUCGUGCCAACCCUGCACUUCCCUCACGAGCACCAGAUAAAGCUGUACCAGGAGCAGCUGCAGAAGUGGAUCCGGGGGAACGUGAGCGCCUGCGCCAGCUCCGUGUUCAUCUUCGAUGAGAUGGACAAGCUGCACCCCGGGGUGAUCGACGCCAUCAAGCCCUUCCUGGACUACUACGAGCUGGUGGACGGCGUGUCCUACCGGAAGGCUAUCUUCAUCUUCCUCAGCAACGCGGGGGGCGACCUCAUCACCAAGGCCUCCCUGGAGCACUGGCGGGCGGGCCGGAAGCGGGAGGACAUCCAGCUGAAGGACCUGGAGGCUGCGCUGUCCGUCGGGGCGUUCAACAACAAGCACAGUGGGCUGUGGCGCAGUGGCCUCAUCGACCGCAACCUCAUCGACUACUUCAUCCCCUUCCUGCCGCUGGAGUACCGGCACGUGAAGAUGUGCGUCCGGGCCGAGAUGCGGGCCCGCGGCGUCGCCGUGGACGAGGCCGUCGUCACGCAGGUGGCCGACGAAAUGACCUUUUUCCCCAAAGAUGAGAAAAUCUACUCGGACAAGGGCUGCAAGACGGUCCAGGCGCGGCUGGACGUCCACUAGCCCCGCGGGCUGCCGCCCGCCGUGCUCUGCAGCCCAGGGCCUGCGCGUUUGCACCGGGGCCGGGAGCUGCCCGACCCUCCCCAGGGUGGGGCGUGCCCGACCCCCUUCCAAGUGCCUUGCACGUGCCGGGGGGCAGCUCCAGGCCCGCCUGCCGCCUGGGCACCUGAGACUGAAGCUCUGAGGGGUGCAGUGACGAGGAGGGGGCGGCCAGAGCCCCGCCCCCAGCACCCACGUUUCCUCCGGAACUCGACAGUCACUACGAGGGUCCCCAGCCAGACGGGGACCCACCCGGGAGGAAGCAGAGCCGCCAUUCCGGGGGGCCUGGCCCUCCGCCCCCGGGGGCUGCAGGCUGCAGGGCUGGCCGUGGCGGCGCGGUGGGCUGGGGUCUGCUGUCCUGAUGCUCUGGGCGCCCUGGCCACGGCUGGCGGGGGGACAGCCGGCCCCUCCCACGCUGGCCCCGAGUGCCAGGUGCCUGAGGUCUCAGCUGUGACUGUCGCCGGGGCGGGGCGGGGCGGGGCGAAGGGGAGCGGAGAGGAGGGUGUCGUGCCCAGACCGCACCCCCCAGACCUGCUGGGUGAGGCGGGCGCCCUCAGUCCUUCCUUCCGGGCCAGGCCUCCUUGACGAUGAUGCAAUAAAGGACGCGUGGCGGCCACCUUUGGACCGUUACUGUUGUGUAACUGGAGGCCACGGCCGUGCACGCGCCCCAGACACGCGAUUGAAACGACCUCCUGAAUGUCAGAGAAUAAAGCCAGAGUGGAAAUCUCA